GAUCUGCCUCCCGAGCUGAAGAAACUGGUUGUGCACUUCGCCGAUGACUCUUGCCUUCCCAACCUGCGCCUUGUCAACAAAGAGCUCAAUGCCAUCACUACCAAGCCAUUUGGCGAGAGACUCCUCGCUGAACGUCGUUUCAUGUUGUCAGAGUACAGUCUUCAGGGUCUUGUGGACCUCACUGCUCAUCCUGAUCUCGGUAAGUAA